AUGUGUGCUGACGCUGGCUUUCGAAAAUCUGGAAGCCCACAAUCAUCUACCGAAAGUUCUUCAUUAUCGCUUAAUCGCUUGAAAAACAAGGAAGCACUUGAGAAAGGUUUGCGAUGUAGACGUUCCAUCAAAGAACUGGUGAAUCAGGGUAUCCUACUGAGUCCAUCGAUUUCCAAUGCAGACAAAGUCCGUCAGUUGCAGCGUGCCAAAACAAGUGAUAUUCUCAAGCAGAAAAUCGAAAGAAGACCGGACCGACAAUAUCUGGUGAAUCGACGUAUCAUCAGAGAUGAAAAACCUGGCACCUCGCCUUUCAUCCUGCAGCAGUGUCACAAUUUGGAAAAGUACCAAUUGAAAAGCUCGCUGAACUCAAAACUUAUUGCCAGACCUGGGACUUUGGAGUUAGUUGAAAAGGGUGUGCUUCAGGUCGACCCGGGUAUCGAUAGUCUUAUUCGUCAUGGCUCCAUUGAAUACCCCCGCGUCGAAUGCAUCGAACAAUGUACCACCAUCAGCACAAGUCUCGACAUUCCUGCUCCACCUCCAGUCACUGCCCACAGCUCUACAUCAUUGUCCGAGUCCCCUUCCGCUUUGGAUGGCGCUUGUGGAAAGGCCGUCGGACGUGCAAUAGCUACCGGUACUCGGCCAUCGUCUAGUCAUCCUGUCAACAGUCGAUCGAUUAAAGAGGAAACAGUAGUGUACAAGGUUGGAUCCCUGGUGUUUCACAAUUAUUGUCCGAAGUCUUCUGUAUCAGCGAACACGAGAAGUGAUCCUCUUACUCUGUCUCAGCACAAACAAAGAGUUCGGGAAGCUCAGCAAGCGGAGAUGUUAAGACUUCAGGAUACUGCUAGAGCCCAUCGUCUUGUUGAGCAAGAGCUAAGUUGUCGGAUUGGCGGCGGGACCGCUAAGUUACUGGACCCACCUACUGUUCUCACUUCUGAUUCCGGCAAUUCUCCUGAGUGGCAGUGUGUAGAUUCCAUCACAACCUCACCUUCCGUGAAAACAGUUUCGUCACUGAACUCGUCUUCCUCUUGGAGUCUAUCGGAGCCUUUGGAAUCAAUUCAGUGUUUCCAAGUGUCAAGUUUCGAAACCUCCACUAUAUCCCCGGUUAUUCGUACUUGCCCGUCAAUAGCCCCUUCAGUGACAAAAGUUGACACAUCUUUCUCUUCUUACCUAUUUUCUCCAUCUUUGGAUCGUCUCAGCGUGACUAAACUGCGCAGUGAAUGUCGCGAACGGAAUCUUUCUCGAUCUGGACCCAAGGCCGCUUUAAUUCGUCAGUUGGAGCCUUAUCGUGACGAGAUUCUUGCAAAACACUUUGGUGAUCGACUUUCUAACCUGGGCCAGCAUCAUGUUAUGAACUCUGAUUCACUAACUAUCCACAACGGUUCUUCCUUGCCAUGUGCACAGAAUGGCCUUUUAUCUUGUACAACACAACACGUUCCUGUUCUCCCCUUACCUCCUCCCGUAUGGACUUUUGGCAGUUUGUCUACUUCUGCGGAUACGUAUGCAUUUCCCGCAAUAAGCACAACUGCUGUGUCUGCCACACCCACUAAUUACUUCCUUUCUUCCUCUAAUACCUUCCCCGUUACUCCAACCUUGUCAGUCCCCUCGACAAAUCCUGUCCCAUAUCCAUACUUCCUCCUCACUCCUAUCUCCAAUUCAGUUGUGAAAUUCCAGCUUCCGCUGCACCACCACUCCCAAUCAGCUUUUUACAUCACCAACGUGGGCAGCCACUUGUCAGCUAUUCAGGGUAAUCUCAUACUAGAUUCCCAUCUGACUUCUACCUCCUUCGUUCCAAUCCACGUUGCUACUGGUGGCAUCCCCGAAUACUCGGUUUCACAGGCUCUCGUUCACCAGCUUUCCAACGGUACUUCCUCAUCUUCUUCCACCAACGGCUCCUCGCCUCCGUCUGCCAUCUGUUCCAGUCAAGGCUUUGUAUCCCUUCAACAAAACGUAAAUGUUGCCCUUGCGCCAAACCCACAUGGUCAUAUUUGCAAUUCCACCGACCAGUUCAGUAUUCACUACGAUCCUGGUGGUUCCCAACCCAUGUGUGUAUCUCCAUCAAACCUUAGAGAUUCCUCCACGCCAAUGCAGCUCUCUUCCCCAACCGGUAGGACUGUUCAUCAGGAGGUACUCAGCAUUGGUUCCUCUACUGCGAAUUCCUCUGGUUUGCCUCCUUCUCUCAGCCAGAUUGAAGAUGUGUGGCUUCGAAUUCGCCAGCUGCGUCAACGAAUUGCCAAACUGAACUUAACCUCCACCAUGAAUGAAGUCAAGUCUGAAGAAGUGGAUUUGGUUGCGCAACCGGACAAUGUACGUGGCCCUCCAUCACCAUCACGGUUUAAUCAACUGGUGGAAGAGCACGACCGUCUUGCAGUGCUGUGUCGUCUGUUGGUUAUCGAACGCAUUGAUGCGCUCGAUGAACAGAUGGGAACGACCGGGAAUAGCGGGAACUCAGAUUCUGCGUUUGGUUCUGAGGACUCCGCUUCACGCUUGCAAGUGGAGCGCAAUCUUAUGGAUUCCUACCUUUGCAAGCUGGGCGGUACUGAUUUGCUCAAUCGAGUUUCUUCACCAUCUGCACGAUGCCGCCGCUCCAGCUCACCAUUGCCCCACUCAACUGUGCCUCUCCCCCUUGCAACACUCGUGGAAGUGCCUGGUCUCUGUCCCGCUUUGAUGAGCACUGCUGCUUCAUCCACUUGGUCAAGCUGCAUAACAUCCACUCCCCGCUUUGAACCAACGGUUUCCAGAGCUUCAGGCUUCUCUACCAGUGAGCCAGCUGCAAGCGCUGAAGAGCAGCCCGCCUCUCGACCGAUUGACAGAUUCCCGAAGGUACAUUCUCACUCAUUGGACCGUCUUGGGCAGUGUAAUGGUGAAGUAGGCUACAACACAGUGCCAGAGGAUGCGUGUGCUCCGUGUGACCCAACUGAACCUCCUCCUCCUUCACCGAUGACUACGGACGCCUUAUUUGAACUGUGGAGCAGUGUACUGAAAGACACUUCCACUGAUCCUAACCCCGUUACUUGUCCAACUCUUCAAGAUCGCUGUUAUGAGUUCCCUAAAAACAAAUCUACCAGACCUCCAUCAGGACAAUCGGAUGAUGCAGCAAUUCGGGUGACAGCGACGGUUGACUGCAAUGUCUCACCAGUUCAAGAUGCUUACACUACGAGCACUGUACCUUCUGAUGACACAAAGCCACCGGUGUCACCGCUUAGCAACAAAACCUCUGAUCAGCCCCCGUCCGUCUCCACUAGUUGUGUUCCGAAUCCAAUGGACACCGACCCGGAACUUCCUCACUUUCUUCCCCCUUCAAAUUCGCCUGUCCCCCCGUCUUCUGGGACCACCACCACCUGCCCACCUCUCCGUGACUCCCUCGAUCCGUCACAUGCUACUCAAUCCACUGACCCGGUAUCCUUGAUGGCCUCUCAACUAGACUGGUCGUCGUUCGUGCAGUCUUAUGCUCAAAAUUUGUAUCCUCAACCCCCCGGUGCUUCACAAACACAGAUCUUCACAAAUAACACCACAGUUCGUCGAUCUUAUGUUGUCUCGCCCACUGAGAUGGCAGAUGCUCUCUUCACUUCAUUCGAUACCUCGGAGUUUUCCAACUUGAUGGAUACAAGUGAUCCGUCUUGUGGCCUUUCAACACUUGCCAUGAACUGGUCGAUGGAUACAUGA